AUGAAAAAUCCAUCUUUUAGACAGCAAAAUAAUUUGAGCACAUGAUUUUGGAGCAUCACAUCAUCCAUUUUCUCCAAGUAUCACACCAUUCACUUUUUCUUCAAGCUUCAUGGCAUUUGCAUUCUUUUCAAAGGAAUGAUAUUUCCCAUGAAUGCCAAUUUAGUGUUUGCAAUGGUGAAUCAUCAAAAAAAAAAAAAAAUUCAUGUUUUAGGAUACAAUUUCACACACCUUACCACUUGUCAGCAUAUUUAUAUUCUUGCAUCCCUUAUCACUCAUUUCCCAUCCAUGGUGUUACAUGCACAAAGAAAUUGGAAAAUUCAAGAAGAAGAAAGAAGGGACUCAAUUGAAGAAAUUAAAAGUUGGAGGGCCUGCGCCCCGUGACCUGCGCGCUACGCCCCUGCACCCUGCGCCUGCACUUUCCCCUUUGCGCCCCUGCGCCCCUGCUGCACCGAGCCUGCACCCCGAUCACACCCAGAUUUCCUUUCUCUGCGCUCCCUGCUGCACCGAGCCUGCGCCCCUGCGCCCCUGCACGCUCGUGCCUUGCACUCUGCUACACCUGCACUUGAUCCUGCACUCCUGCUUCUGCCAAAAAAGCCGGAUCCUCUGCUGCACCAGAUCCCCUUGCCGCCUGCUGCGCCGAACCCACGUUGCUUGCACGCCUACACUCUGUGCCAGCAUCAUGACCCUGCACCGAGCCUUGCUGCACCCCUGCUGCUCUGCCUCUGCACGCUACAGCGGCUCCAGACAAAUUAGCAUUAUUAUUGAUUGACAGAGCAAGGCUUUUUUAUUAUUUUUAUCUUUAUUUUUAUCUUUUAUUUGGGUAUAUAUAUAUAGAGAAAAAUCAGAUUGAAAGGGGGAUGGUGGGUUGAUUUUGGGUCUGUUUGCUGGGGAGUCUCGUCUGAGUUUUUGAGAGCAGAAGAAGGAAAUUCUGAGGAGAAGAGGGGGGUCUUUUGCUAGUUGAUUUUCGAGUUUAGUUUGAAAAGAAGAUCGAUUCUGCUCGCUGGAGGUGGGAAUACAAAAGGGUAUUCUUGCUUUAGGUAACCUCUUGAACAGAGGGAUUUUUGGGAAGGAUAGUGAAGGAGACGAACGGAGCCUGGUCCCGUGGGUGGGAUCCCUCCCUUCCGAUCUGGAUCUACCUCCUAAAAAUUCCGCCGUGGGUGUUUUUGUUAUUUUCUGUUGAUUUUGUUUAGAUCUGUGUUUAAGUUUGUAUGUGUUUCGUUGGAAAAUGAAUGAAAAAUCAAAAG